AUGCUGAACUCUGUAGGGUUUCCUUAUUCAAACACUCGCUCUGGUCGACGGCAAUUGGGUUCCAAUGCUCUAGCCAGUCAACUUUACAGAUCUUCUAGUUUUAAUUCAUCGGGUCGUAGUUCCAACUGUGAUACAACAGAAGAUAUGUAUAGUCUGGAGAAUGUGCAGGAUUUAAAUUACAAGGUAUGUGUAACUAAAAUUUAUUAUUUGCCACACAAAAUUAUUUACAACCACAUUUCAUGCCACGUACUGGUAAGUGCUAAAGUUGGCAAUAAGUUAUCUUGCCAUCAAAAUAUUUUUGCAAGAACGGACGGCGCACUAUUAAUUUUCCCACACCAAAAGCGUACUUAAUGCGGCUUUUACCCCCACACAGGUGAUCGGCAGCAGCUAUAAACUUCAUGUCCAAUGUUA